AUGUCUGUGAUAGGAAAAAUAAUCGCGCCUAAUGUGUCGUAUAAAUUCGGAAAGUUGGGUGCGUCAAUAUUACCGGCGAAAUAUAAACGUACUUACUUUACAUACACUCAAGAAUUAUCCCAACCUCUUGAUAGAUUACCGGAGUUUGUGACUGCUAAAGAGGCGUUUGAAAAAUGUCUGAAAUCUGGUCAAACGGUGUUCUCCCAAGGAGCUGCAGCCACCCCCUACCGACUACUGGACGCCAUGACAGAUGUCGGCAAGGAUGCUUCAUUGAGAGAUAUCAAGGUCGUCCAUAUGCAUACAGAGAUGGACGCCAAAUAUGUUACGCCUGAGUGCAAAGAUAUUUUUAGAUCGGUAUCACUAUUUAUGGCGGCGAAUGUUCGCAAGGCAGUUUCUGAAGGGCGGUCUGACGCCAUCCCCAUAUUCCUGCAGGACAUCCCCAAGCUGUUCCACAGGAAGAUCAUCCAGCCUGACAUCGCCGUAAUUCAGGUAUCUCCCCCAGAUCAGCACGGCUACUGCAGUCUGGGAACCUCUGUGGACUGCGUCAGGGCAGCCCUAGUUAACUCCAAGAUUAUUAUUGCCCAAAUAAACUCUCACGUGCCUCGCACAUUCGGUGACGCAAUCAUCCACAUUUCUCAUGUGGACUAUGCGGUUCAGGACCAUAUUCCAUUACCUGAACAUGGGGGUAAAGGGGGAAGUCCCGAGGAAAUGAAGAUUGGACAACUUAUAGGAGAUAAUCUGGUUGAAGAUGGAGCUACUCUGCAAAUGGGUAUUGGCAGCAUCCCGGACGCGGUGUUGUCGUCCUUAAAGAACCACAAGGAUUUGGGUAUUCACUCUGAGAUGUUCAGUGUCGGAGUGAUAGACCUUGUCAAACGUGGCUGCGUUACCAACAACAAAAAAAAGGUCCACAAGGGUCGCAUCGUCGGUUCGUUCUUGGUCGGUAACCAGGAACUUUACAGUUUUGUUGACAACAAUCCGUUUAUUGAAAUGUUGGAGAUUGAUUACGUUAACAACACGCAUAUCGUGUCGCUUCAGCCUAAUAUGACUGCUAUUAACUCAUGCAUUGAGGUCGAUAUCACUGGGCAAGUUUGUGCCGACUCCAUCGGUACAAGGAUGUACUCGGGCUUCGGAGGUCAAGUGGACUUUAUCCGCGGGGCGGCGGAAUCUGUAGACGGGCGUGGUAAGCCCAUCAUCGCUAUUGUCUCCGCUACAAAGCGUGGCGAGAGCAAAAUUGUGCCUACGCUUAAACAAGGUGCGGGAGUAGUAUCGACACGUGCGCACGUCCACUACGUGGUAACUGAACAAGGUAUCGCAUACUUAUUCGGUAAAACAUUGCGUCAGCGAGCAUAUGAACUGAUCAAAAUCGCUCAUCCAGACCAUCGCGAGUCUCUCGAAAAGGCAGCCUUCGAACGACUAAAGUGUAUGCCUGCGCCCUAA